CAAAGUUUCUCAGCAACUAUCAAUAACAAUGUAAACGAAAUCAACUUUUCCAGAUGCUACGGAUCAUUCUUCUGCGCUGACGAUCAAAAAGCGUCUCGUACGGACUCUCUUGAACAUGAAUGGGUUGAUCUGGUGCAAAACACACGGUAUACCGGGCAGAUGUAUUGGGGAGAGCUGCCGCUAUCAUUUGCCGCCUGCACUAAUAACCAGGAUGAUAUAUGUAGCAUCAAAACAAUACGGUUCUACGAAACAUUGCCACACAGGACUGUUUCCGACUUUCUGAGAGCCUUUCGAGCCGAUCCCAACAAGGCUGAUACCAACGGUAACACCGUCCUUCAUCUCACUGUCAUUCACGACCUGCCUGAGAUGUUCACUUUGGCUUACAACAGCGGCGCUUCGCUGAGUAUUCGAAACAAUCUCAAGUUGACUCCACUCGCACUGGCCGCAAGGCUAGCCAAACAAACGAAGCGGUAUCCGCUGGUGGAAAUCGACAGCAUUCGUGAAGAAGAUGGUGGUCUCAACCCGUGCUCAGUGCUCGCAAACGUUGUCUAUGGGGACAAAAGCAGUCAUCUCGACUUCUUCGAUGGACUGUUGGAGGAACUUCUCGAAAGGAAAUGGGAGGCUUUUGCAAAACGAAGGUAA